AUGGACUUUAUCCAGAGGUGCGUUUGGCUUCUUGCGAUCAUGAUUCUGAUGAUUGGUUACUUGGUAUUCAAGUCACGAUACACACUAGUCAGUUAUUUAUCCAAACGUCAGGCUGGUCAAAAUCAUGGUGGAAAGAAGACUGUGGACGCCACGGAAAGUCUUUCCACCAAAACUACAGACAUUGUAACCACAGAGAUUGCUGGUGAUGAACGUCUCCAAAUCGGCCAUUAUGUUUCUAGACUUAACCCUUACAUAAUUGGAAAAGAGUUCAACUUUGAUAAAUCAACUCUAGAUGUGGUAAGAAGAGUUCUUCGGUAUCAAACAUUCAAGCGAAAGCCAGUCGAGUCCGUUGAUGCCAAGACGCCAUUUUUUGAUCUUGUGGCUCCUGUAACCGCUUGUUCGAGUAAUCACUACGAAGAAUUCAAACCUCACAUAGAAGAUUUUAGAAAGAGUUUUCCGGGAAAGAAAUGUUUUUUUUACGAUCUUGGACUACGCGAUAAGCAGAUCAAAGAAGUUAAAAACAUGCCUAAUCUAGAGUACAGAAAAUUCGACUUUAAUGCGUAUCCUCGACACGUUCGUAACCUGCGAAAUUAUGCUUGGAAAACGCUGAUAAUUCAAGAAAUGCUUUCUGAAUUUGACGGAACAAUGUGGUUUGAUUCAUCUGUCAAAUUCUUAGGAAACCUAACCAAUAAUAUAAUAGGACUUAUGUCCCGCCACAAUACAGGUGCAGUGUUUUAUCUCCCCCCAACCUCUCACUCCAUAAUAGCCGGAACACAUCCGGGCAUGCUUGAAUACUUUCCGAUGAUGAAAGAAGGCGGAGUUAAGAAAAUGCUACAGGCCAGUGCAGUGAUUUACAUAAACAAGGAUGAAGUACAAAGGCAUAUAAUGAAAUGGGUUGUGAUUUGCGCCCUCAAAAAGGACUGUAUCGCACCACCCGGUUCAAAAUCAUCUAAGCCGUCUCAUUUUCUUCUUCCAGACAGUUAUGGGGACUUCCACAGAUAUGACCAGUCUCUGCAAAAUAUCCUUGUUUCGAACGCUUAUAACCAUAAACACGAGAAAUAUCACUACUGGAGUAAAGAUUUUGCCAUUAUGGCCCGGAGGAAAGUUCCUCGAGAAAACUAG